AAGAAGCAAGACCUCUGGAGUGGUUGUGAGAAUACUGAUAGAUAGUGAGAAAUACACAUACACACUUUGAAACAUGUACGACAGAGAGGAAUGUAAAACUGCAGAGCCAUCGACAAGUUCAGAAUGGCGCGGUAUGGCCCCACACAAACAGCCACAACGGCUCCGUGACAUCAUUAUGGAUCGUGUGUCUAGCCUGGUCAGCCAAAAUACAUCCCUUCAUCAUUUCACGGAGAAUGUGCGGACCUUCUGUGAAAUUCUUGCUUCGUCUCUGCCACUGGAUGUAAGAACAGCUGUAAUGAAGAAGGUCGCAUCCACCAUGAAGAUAAACUCACCACAGGACUUCAAGUUACUCCUGACGCUGCACCUUCUCACAGACGUCAGGCACAUCAGUCUUAAGGCUGACGACCUCGUGCACCUUGACACAGACGACUGCCAUGAAAUACUACAGCUGGUCAAAGAUGUGCCGCACUUCAGGAUGGAAACUCUUAGUCUGGAGAACAUAACGAUGGAAGAAGGCCUCUUGUCCAGCAUAAUGGGUCGAUCUCCUCGUCUCCACUCCGUUCGUGCGUCGGGGGAACUUUGCAGUCAAGUCCUCACACAGCUUCAGGAAAAGCCUUGUGCCUUGCGCUCUCUCCACUUGGACUCCUGCAACGUCUCUGACGAGGAUGUCGUGAGUGCUCUAGUAGGGACAAGGACAGACUUCAACACCCUUGGCAACAUCAUCUGCAACGGCGGAGACGUCAAGGAACUGCAACCUGCAGCUCUGCAGUCUCUCCGCUACCUGUCGGUCGAGUCUCCUCGUCUUUCUGCUUGUGGUGCUUUGAUCCUGUUGGUGUCUCUUCGCAAUCUCCAACAAAUCCAGUACACCACCUGGAGUUCUCCCAUCGGCGAGACUCUGCUCUUCCUCAAUCAGAUCAACUCCACCAUUGGAUCUUUUUCCCUCACCUCUUUGGCAAAGUGGCAGCCCACUGAACACAGUCUACGGAAUUUACAAAAGCUUUGUCCACGUCUGCAAAAACUCAUGAUUGAGUGCUUCGACCCAUCCCUCACGUCUCUCGAUGUUCUUUCGGAAUUUAAAGAACUAACAGCCUUGAACCUUCGACUUGUCUCCGAAGAACUCAUUGUGUCUGCCGUCAAGGCUCUUGGCAAGAACCUGUUGGAACUGCAAGUGGAGUUUGAGGAGUACUCCUACCAUACUAUCUCUCUGGACACUAUCAAGACCAUCCAGGAACACUGUCCACACCUUCAACGUCUGGAGAUGAAACACGUCAACAUAUCCUCUAAUCCUGGGGAUCAUCUGCACUCCAAGAACACCAUCGCCCUCCCGGAACUCAAGGAACUCGUCCUGUCCAGCGCGGUGAUCCAGCCAGCCUCCCUGGAAACCCUUUUGUCCGGCAACGAGUCUCUGGAAUCCCUUGUUCUAGACGUCAACCAAGAUGCUCUUACUGACACGGUCCUCGCCACAUUCCUCAAGCAAAACAGUCUUCAUCGGUUGAGUUCCAUCUUCCUGGGUGCCGGAUCGCUGUCAUCCCAAGCCCUCACGUCCCUCUUGUGUCUGCCCGAUCUGCAGAAACUGUCGCUGGACCUCAAGAGGUUCCCGUUCAUCCCUGUCUUUGCUUUCACCUCGCUGGAAGGCAGCCUCAGCAAGGGCAACUUCCAGUGCAUCCUCACCAAUAUUAUUAGAGAUGACUGAGUCUCUCCUAUGUAUAUUAGGAAUAACUAUUUAUUAAUGUAACUUAUUAUAUUUAUUUAAAGCAUGUAUUUUGUAUGACUAAAUACUGCUAACUUAUUUAUCGAAUUCAUUAUAUUUAUUAUGAACAUAUGGUUCAUGGUAGACUGAAACAUAUUUAUUACUAUUAGAUGAUAGACGUUACCAAAUCUGUAAAUGAUUGAGUAUUAUUUAUGAAUUAACUUAUUUAAAAUGCACAUUUGUAUGUGCAUUCUGUAUAUUUAUAGACCAUGUGUCGCUAAUUUAUUUAACUAACUUAUUGUAUUUAUUCUGAAUAUGCUAACGAA